ACAAAGGCCAAAUACUCGCCUAUUAUUUCAGCUGUUCCCCAUGGCCAUAAACUCCCUUUCCCAUAUAUGAACAUAUAGCAAGACAAUCAAUCAAAGAGGCUCAACAAAUGUAUCCUAUUUACGGCCCCAACAGAUGUAUUCUAUAUACCCCUAAAAGGGAAUUUAAAAAUUCCAUAGGUCAGCAGAAUGUAUGCACGUUAAGUCAUUUGUUACUGGGUAUAAAAAGGCUUGCUCUACGCUUGUAAGGUGUGCUCCUCCCUCUGGCAUGAGUCGAGGGGGACACCCGCUCAGCUGACUGAUCAGUAAAGAACUUGAAGCCGUCUUCUAGACUCCCGUGCCUCCUUGGGGUAAUUGGGCAGCUCCAGGGGGAAACGAGCCCAUUUGGCUAACAAAUGGCGACCACGAAGGGACUUCUCUCCCUGUAGAGGGCACUGACCGACGGCCGAGGGCGAUUCCGAGGGGUGGCCACCUCGAGCGGUUGGUUUGCUCGGGCCUCGGAUCGUCACAAUCGGCCGGGGCAGCUGUGUCCUCUCUAAAGAGAACUCUGAAGGACACGGAAGCAAGACGGCUUCAGAAGAAGGGGAAGUCUGACUGUCGGACGCGGCCACUUCGGGCGGUGCCGGGAUGGAUGCCCAGGGCUGGACUCCUGCUGCUGCCCCUUCUCCUCUGCUUCGGGCCAGAGACCGCCGGGAGCAUCAACCUGACAGCGCUCAAAAAAAUUGUGGAUCAUGUGAACCGUUACGGUGGAGUUAAAUAUCAAUACGCCUUUGCCGUCUCACUGCCCCAUGCCACCUGCACCGACCCCCAGGAUGUGGCCACCUAUCUGCCCAUGACUGAGCUAAACUCAAUGAGAACGACGAUAAAUCAGUCCAAUGCCCUGUACAACCCGCCCAGCGGGAACAUUGUGGCCGCCCGGCCAAAGGAAGUGAAUACAACGAAAGGGAACUACACGGAGCACAGCGAGUGGCGUCUGCUCUCCGGCCCAAACAGCCUUGUGGCCCAGCUCACGGCCAGGACCUACCGCCGGGACAGCUGCCUGAUCUUAUUCACUUUGAACUCUCCCUGCUCCACCAAGUGUCUGAACAAGACUGGGCAAUUCAACAUCAUGGGGAUGACCAGCGCUGCCUUCUCAGCCAUCAACAAAAACUACAAGGCCUUCGUGUUCCAGAAGAUCUUCCACUAUGACAUGAAGCCUGAAGUGACCCGGAAGGACCUGCUGGAGGCCUGGCACCGGCUGCGCAACGUGCCCCUGCUGCGCUGCGACAACAACCCCUGCCAGGACUGUGCUUCGGUGGACCCCCGAAACAACCCCUGCCUGGCUGGGAAGAAGGAGAAAUGAUGGAGUGGAGCUGAGAACCACGUGAGGCUCUUUGUGCCACUGGCCUCCUUCACUGCCCAUGCGCUUCUGGCUUGCUGAGUGUAAAAGAAACGUGUCUCAACCAGGCACCAAGCUCCAAUCCAGAACCCCAUUCUAAUGUGCACCCCAAUCCACAGACAUACUCCAAUCUAGAACCCCGUUCAUGGGCAUGCUCUGAUUUAGAACCCGAUUCACAAGUAUGCACCAACCUAGAACCCCUUCCAGAGUGUGUUCCCAUCUAGAACCCCAUCCCUGUAUGUGCUGAAAUCUUCAAUCUAGAGCCCCAUCGCUGGGAGUGCUCUAGUGUAAAAGCUGAUCCCUAGCUCUGGUUGUGCUCCAGCCUAGGAGCCCAUCCCUGGGUGUGCUCCAAUCUGUGAUCUAGAAGCCCGUCCCUCUCCCCAAGUGUGCUGCAAUCCAGAAUUGCCAUUCCCCCAGUGCACUUCAUGCUUCAGUCUAAAUCCUCAUCCCCCGCAGUGUCACGCUCCAAUCGAGACCAUAACCCCCAUCCCUGGGUGGUCUCGGAGCUGCAGUCUAGAACCCACAUCCACCCAGUGAGCUCAGAACUUGGAUCUAGAACCCAGCUUCCAUCCCUGCCCAAGGCUGGGGGGGCAGUGGAUGGGAGCAGGGCACAUUGUGCCCAGUGUCAGUAUGAUGGGGCUGGAUGAGAGGGGGGAGCCCCUUACUCAGAUGGUGGUAGGUGGGAUUCCUGGGCAUGGACCAUAGCCAAGGUGGGGCAAAGGGGAUCUCGGAGUGUGGGGCUCUGUCACUGGGGGCUGCUUUGGGGUUGUUCCAUUCUGCAGGUGACACUUUUUCCUGAUUCUCUGCCCUGCGAUUGCUGCCAAUAAAGCUUCUGAGCAUC